AUGAGACAAGUAAGAAGCUGCCACUUAUAAAUCCAGCUAGCUGCUGCACCGCAGUAUCUGUGCUUUAAAGCUGUCGACGAUGAGUAUGACGUGUCUCCUCUCUAACGCCCAGGAAGCUCCCAUUCAAAUUCCCAUUAGAUAACUCUGCAAGCGUUAUUAUGUCAAAAUACUUUCGUUACUCACCAAAUAUGGGAUUACGCUGAGUAACUAACUUCAUUUACUCCCGCUAUGGCUGGUAUGUACUUCCAAAAAGGUCCAAAUAAAAUUGUACAAGCAACCGAAAAAAUGCCUCUUCGGCAGUGGUGGAAAAAGUACUCAAUUGUCACACUUGAGUAAAAGUAAAGAUACAGUACCUAAAUAGAAAAUGACUCAAGUAAAAGUAAAAGUCACCCAGUAAAAUACUACUUGAGUAAAAGUCUAAAAGUAUUUGGUUUUAGUUUGACUUAUGUAUCAAAAGUAAAUGGAAUUGCUAAAAUGUACUUAAGUUAAAAUUCCUUAUAUUAAGCAAACCAGACAGCACAAUUUAUUUAUAUGUUUUUAUAGACACACUCCAACACUCCAUUUUCCUGUCAAAAUGUAACAAGUACUUUUGGGUGUUAGGGAAAAUGUAUGGAGUUAAAAGUACAUUAUUUUCUUUAGGAAUAUAGUGAAGUAAAUGUUAGAAAAAAUAUAAAUAGUAAAGUACAGAUACCCACAAAAAAACUACCUAUGUAGUACUUGAAAGUAUUUUUACUUAAGUACUUUACACCACUGCUCUUCGGCACCUCUAAUGUAUUGGGCUGUUGUAGACUUUCGACCUGUGCCUGGCAGUAAGGUUAGUGCUAUUCAGGUUCCUUGGGACGUGAGUGCUUAUACAUUUUUAUGUUGACCUUUUUGGAAGUACAUACUGGCCGUAACGCUUGCAGAGCUGUCUAAUGGGAGUUUUAAUCAGAGCUUCCUGGGCAUUAGAGAGGAAACACGUCAUACUCAUCAUCAACAUUUCUAACACACAGAUACUGGGGCAGCUGGUUGCAUACAUUUUACUAAUCAGUCUCAGUAAGUGCGUAUGCAGCAUGAGAGAAACUGCAGUCUAUGCAAUUUAUUGUCCAGCAAAAGGAAGUCCAUGGCAAUGACCCAAAGUGACCCAUAGUGCAAAAGUAAUCAUCAUCGUUGCAUCCAGACCCACUCCCAGAGAUGUUGAUGCUCUACCGUUAGUUUGUAUUUCACAUCAGAUUCAGAAAGGUCACAUCCCAGCAACGCAGAUUUUAGCACUAUCAGAGAUUAUUCUCCAAAGGGAACCAUAUCAAAUCAAAUCAAAAUCAAAUCAAAUUUUAUUGGUCACAUACACAUAUUUAGCAGAUGUUAUUGCGGGUGUAGCGAAAUGCUUGUGUUCAUAGCUCCAACAGUGCAGUAGUAUCUAACAAUACACACAUCUAAAAGUAAAAUAAGGGAAUUAAGAAAUAUAUAAAUAUUAGAUUGAGCAAUGUCGUAGUGGCAUUGACUAAAAUACAGUGGAAUAGAAUAUAGUAUAUACAGAUGAGAUGAGUAAAGCAGUAUGUAAACAUUAUUAAAGUGACUAGUGUUCCAUUAUUAAAGUGGCCAGUGAUUCCAAGUCUAUGUACAGUGGGGAGAACAAGUAUUUGAUACACUGCCGAUUUUGCAAGUUUUCCUACUUACAAAGCAUGUAGAGGUCUGUAAUUUUUAUCAUAGGUACACUUCAACUGUGAGAGACGGAAUCUAAAACAAAAAUCCAGAAAAUCACAUUGUAUGAUUUUUAAGUAAUUCAUUUGCAUUUUAUUGCAUGACAUAAGUAUUUGAUACAUUAGAAAAGCAGAACUUAAUAUUUGGUACAGAAACCUUUGUUUGCAAUUACAGAGAUCAUACGUUUCCUGUAGGUCUUGACCAGGUUUGCAGACACUGCAGCAGGGAUUUUGGCCCACUCCUCCAUACAGACCUUCUCCAGAUCCUUCAGGUUUAGGGGCUGUCGCUUGGCAAUACAGACUUUCAACUCCCUCCAAAGAUUUUCUAUUGGGUUCAGGUCUGGAGACUGGCUAGGCCACUCCAGGACCUUGAGAUGCUUCUUACGGAGCCACACCUUAGUUGCCCUGGCUGUGUGUUUCGGGUCGUUGUCAUGCUGGAAGACCCAGCCACGACCCAUCUUCAAUGCUCUUACUGAGGGAAGGAGGUUGUUGGCCAAGAUCUUGCAAUACAUGGCCCAUUCCAUCCUCCCCUCAAUAUGGUGCAGUCGUCCUGUCCCCUCUGCAGAAAAGCAUCCCCAAAUAAUGAUGUUUCCACCUCCAUGCUUCACGGUUGGGAUGGUGUUCUUGGGUUUGUACUCAUCCUUCUUCUUCCUCCAAACACGGCGAGUGGAGUUUAGACCAAAAAGCUCUAUUUUUGUCUCAUCAGACCACAUGACCUUCUCCCAUUCCUCCUCUGGAUCAUCCAGAUGGUCAUUGGCAAACUUCAGACGGGCCUGGACAUGCGCUGGCUUGAGCAGGGGGACCUUGCGUGCGCUGCAGGAUUUUAAUCCAUGACGGCGUAGUGUGUUACUAAUGGUUUUCUUUGAGACUGUGGUCCCAGCUCUCUUCAGGUCAUUGACCAGGUCCUGCCGUGUAGUUCUGGGCUGAUCCCUCACCUUCCUCAUGAUCAUUGAUGCCCCACAAGGUGAGAUCUUGCAUGGAGCCCCAGACCGAGGGUGAUUGACCGUCAUCUUGAACUUCUUCCAUUUUCUAAUAAUUGCAUCAACAGUUGUUGCCUUCUCAUCAAGCUGCUUGCCUAUUGUCCUGUAGCCCAUCCCAGCCUUGUGCAGGUCUACAAUUUUAUCCCUGAUGUCCUUACACAGCUCUCUGGUCUUGGCCAUUGUGGAGAGGUUGGAGUCUGUUUGAUUGAGUGUGUGGACAGGUGUGUUUUAUACAGGUAAAGAGUUCAAACAGGUGCAGUUAAUACAGGUAAUGAGUGGAGAACAGGAGGGCUUCUUAAAGAAAAACUAACAGGUCUGUGAGAGCCGGAAUUCUUACUGGUUGGUAGGUGAUCAAAUACUUAUGUCAUACAAAUAAAUGCAAAUUAAUUUCUUAAAAAUCAUACAAUGUGAUUUUCUGGAUUUUUGUUUUAGAUUACGUCUCUCACAGUUGAAGUGUACCUAUGAUAAAAAUUACAGACCUCUACAUGCUUUGUAAGUAGGAAAACCUGCAAAAUCGGCAGUGUAUCAAAUACUUGUUCUCCCCACUGUAUAUAGGGCAGCAGCUUCUAAGGUGCAGGUUUGUGUACCGGGUGGAAGCCGGCUAGUGAUGGCUAUUUAACAGUCUGAUGGCUUGAGAUAGAAGCUGUUUUUCAGUCUCUCUGUUCCAGCUUUGAUGCACCUGUACUGACCUCGCCUUCUGGAUGAUAGCGGGGUGAACUGGCCGUGGCUCAGGUGGUUGAUGUCCUUGAUGAUCUUUUUGGCCUUCCUGUGACAUCGGGUGCUGUAGGUGUCCUGGAGGGCAGGUAGUUUGCCCCCGGUGAUGCGUUGGGCAGACUGCACCAGCCUCUGGAGAGCCCUGCGGUUGCGGGCGGUGCAGUUGCCGUACCAGGCGGGUAUACAGCCCGACAGGAUGCUCUCAAUUGUGCAUCUGUAAAAGUUUGUGAGGGUUUUAGGGGCCAAGCCAAAUUUCUUCAGCCUCCUGUGGUUGAAGAGGCGCUGUUGCGCCUUCUUCACCACACUGUCUGUGUGGGUGGUCCAUUUCAGAUCGUUAGUGAUGUGUACACCAAGGAACUUUAAGCUUUCCACCUUCUCCAUUGCGGUCCCGUUGAUGUGGAUAGGGGCGUGCUCCCUCUGCUGUUUCCUGAAGUCCACGAUCAGCUCCUUUGUUUUGUUGACGUUGAGUGAGAGGUUAUUUUCCUGGCACCACUCUCCCAGGGCCCUCACCUCCUCCCUGUAGGCUGUCUCGUCAUUGUUGGUAAUCAGGACUACUACUGUUGUGUCGUCUGUAAACUUGAUGAUUGAGUUGGAGGUGUGCGUGGCCAUGCAGUCAUUGGUGAACAGGUAGUACAGGAGGGGGCUGAGCAUGCACACUUGUGGGGCCCCUGUGUUAAGGAUCAGCGAAGUGGAGGUGUUGUUUCCUACCUUCACCACCUGGGGGCGGCCCGUCAGGAAGUCCAAGACCCAGUUGCACAGGGCGGGAUUCAGACCCAGGGACCCAAGCUUAAUGAUGAGCUUGGAGGGUAUUAUGGUGUUGAAUGCUGAGCUAUAGUCAAUGAACAGCAUUCUUACAUAGGUAUUCCUCUUGUCCAGAUGGGAUAGGGUAGUGUGCAGUGCGAUGGCAAUUGCAUCGUCUGUGGAUCUAUUGGGGCGGUAAGCAAAUUGAAGUGGGUCUAGGGUGUCAGGUAAGGUAGAGGUGAUAUGACCCUUAACUAGCCUCUCACAGCACUUCAUGAUGACAGAAGUGAGUGCUACGGGGCGAUAGUCAUUUAGUUCAGUUACCUUUGCUUUCUUGGGUACAGGAACAAUGGUGGACAUCUUGAAGCAAGUGGGGACAGCAGACUGGGAUAGGGAGAGAUUGAAUAUGUCCGUAAACACUCCAGCCAGCUGGUCUGCGCAUGCUCUCAGGAUGCGGCUAGGGAUGCUGCCUGGACCAGCAGCCUUGCGAUGGUUAACAUGCUUAAAUGUCUUACUCACGUCGGCCACGGAGAAGGAGAGCCCACAGUCCUUGGUAGCGGGCCGCGUCGGUGGGACUGUGUUAUCCUCAAAGCGGGUGAAGAUGUUUAGCUUGUCCGGUCCAAGACGUUGGUGUCCGCGACAUUGCUGGUUUUCCCUUUGUAGUCCGUCAUUGUCUGUAGACCCUGCCACGUACGUCUCGUGACUGAGCUGUUGAAUUGCGACUCCACUUUGUCUCUGUACUGACGUUUUGCCUGUUUGAUUGCUUUACGGAGGGAAUAACUACACUGUUUGUAUUCGGCCAUAUUCCCAGUGACCUUGCCAUGGUUAAAUGCGGUAGUUCGCGCUUUCAGUUAUCAACAGUCUUUCCAAUGGCUACAAUACCACACAACCAGUUCAGUGUCACACACGCACACACAAGGUACAUGCACACAUACCCUUGAAAAAAUGUUGAUUUUUGUCAUAAAGGUGCAGAUGGGUGAGAGAGAGGGUUAUAUAAUUUCCUCCUCCCUCAGUCUGUCUCUCUCUCUCUCUGGCUCUGUCACUGUGAGUGGUGCAGGAGGUCAAAACACUACAGGAUUUUGAAACUGGGACACUCUGACGACGCAUUCUGUCUCUGCCCACCAUGUUCUAAGGAGAGGGACAGAAAGAAUGAAUAUAUAGAUUCCUCCUUACCCACUACUGCAGUUUUUUUUUCUGUAUCAAAAAUGGGAUUAGGCGGUGGGUGUGACAGAGGGCGUGACCGGGAAAUGGCAAUGAGCACGAUUGGCUGUUGCCGCGGCUACAGAGUGUGCAACGCUGUCAUCAAGGCAAAGGGUGGCUAUUUGAAUAAUCUCAAAUAUAAAAUAUAUUUUGAUUUGUUUAACACUUUUUUGGUUACUAGAUGAUUCCAUAUGUGUUAUUUCAUAGUUUUGAUGUCUUCACUAUUAUUCUACAAUGUAGAAAAUAGUAAAAAAUAAAGAAAAACCCUUGAAUGAGUAGGUGUGUCCAAACUUUUGACUGGUAGUGUAGGUCCAUUAUCUUUUCUAUAUACUUUAUAUCUGGUUUUAGUGGUUUAAGUUUACACUUAAAGCGUUUUUCCAUCCCGAAAACACUGUUUGGACUUAAGCUACCCGCUCAAGGAUUACAAUGGCAGAAAAAUCCCUAUAUUGUACAACACCAGCUGCUAAGUACAAUAUUACUCAAAAAUAAAUAAAUGUCAAUAAAUCUCUAGGCCUAUAUUUAAGCAAUAAUUCACGAGGGGGUGUGGUAUUUGGCCAAUAUACCACGGCUAAGGGGUGUUCUUACACAUGACACAACGCGGAGUGCCUGGAUACAGUCGUUUGCCGUGGUAUAUUGGCCAUAUACCACAAACCCCCGAGGUGCCUUAUUGCUAUUAUAAACUGGUUACCAACGUAAUUAGAACAGUAAAAAGUAAUUUUUGUUCAUACCCGUGAUAUACCACGGCUUUCAGCCAAUCAGAAUUCAGGGAUCGAACCACCCGAUUUAUAAUAUGCUAUAAUAAGUCAUUUUUUCCCAUGAUACUGAUGGCUCUUUAUUGAAGGUAUCGCACAUUUUUUGGGGGGGUUGUCUGUGUGCCUUUGAUAAAAGGAUAAAUCUGUUUUCCAUUGUCCAGCUAUCUUGGAGAGUUGCUGCCCCUUUGUGGUGUGUAUGUAUAGUGCCCUUUGUGUGUGCGUGUGGUGACAUCUCGUUUGUGCACUGCUCCCCCACCCCGUCGCUGUAUAAUGUCCUCAUUGUCAAGAGGCUAGAACUCGGAACCCUCCUCCUCUAUUUGUGAAUGACUCCACUCUCCACAGCAGAACAGGGAAUGGCUACUACUGUUCUACAGGGCCCAUCCAUCCAGGGUCUCCAUUUUGGGUCUGUAGUGCAAUAGAGAAGAAUAACUUUUGGUGGUGAUGAUGGUGGUGGGGCUGAAGGUUGCUAGGUGAUCCUAAUCCGUCUCUUUUUCUCUCCCCCUCAGAUCAUCUCCAGAAAGAACCCGGAGGACGUCCAAGAGGUAAGAACUACAGGAUUAUCUGACCAUGAUGGGACGAAAGUGAGAGAAGAGGGGAUAGAGGGAAAACGGAGAGCGUGUGCGAGAGAAUGGCUUGAGAUUUUGCUCCUAUGGCUGGGCAUGUUGCAGAGGUUGUAACCACAGUUAUAACCGUGGUGACCAUGGUGACCUUUGCAGUAGCUGUGACAAUAUCCACUGUUCUUAUCACAAAACCAGACCUUGCGUGUGAACCAGUGUGGGAAAUAAAAAUGUUGGUCCACCAGCCACUGUGGCAGGUAGAUAAUAAAAUCUACCAGCCACUCUGAUUUUUUUACCAGCCAAAAUAUAUUUGUCUUCAUAAUUACACCAAAAAUCACAAAAAUGAGCAUGCUUUCUAAUGUAUUACUAGUAAGAAUAAUUGGGUAUAUUGCUGAAUUUAAUUUAAUGUGUGACCUGCGUCUUUUAACCAAUGUAUGUUACAAUAAAUCAUUUAGAUCCAAUAAUAAAAACAGAUAAGCAGUUCAAUAACUGACCAUCAAGAAUAAACAAAGUGCCUGCCCUGCCACAAAAUGCUGAGUGAUACAGCUUAUUUAUUAUUAUAGUUCAGGUCUAAGUAGAACUGUAGAAGCACACAAAUAAAUCUAGGAGAACAAAGACUUUUGGGAGUGAUCCAUGCACAAUUAGGUGAGACAAAUGUUCCGCUGGAUCUUUAAGGGACAGGUCGCCGUCCAUGAUAACUUCGGCACUUGCUUGUCUGUGAUGGAAAAAAAUCUCAGACUGCGAUGUCUUCAUAGCAGCAGACGGUUGCAGCAAACUCAAACUUACAUUGAAAGACAACCUAGCAUGUGAACAAAAUGAUGUAACUGUUCAAGAAACACGAGAACAAAGUUACACUUUAGUAGCCUUUCUUGUCAAUUUGACCAACUUCUACAUGUGGGCUUAAAAAAUAUACAUAAAAAAUCCCAAAUGCUCUGUGUGCCAACGUGGCUGGUGAAAUAUACAUUCUUACGGCCCGUGUACACUAGGGGCGGAACCGCGCAGUGAAAACCCGCUUCCCAUUCAUUUUCAAUGGAAGGAAAACGUUGAGAAGCGGGGGUGGUCGGGGGACUGUUGGGUGGUGCGAACGUGGCGUGGAGGCGGUGAAAAUGUUCCGCAUUUCCCAACUUUAUGCAAAUCACCAGCGGCGAACGCUGGGCGAUGACCAAUCAUAUCGAGUGGUUCCCAUGACGAUUUUUGACACUCUGCGACCCAACGCUAGAGACUUUCUUCAGCAAAGCUGGCUGACAAAAAUACUAUAAUGGAAGCAAAUGUAAGUAAUUAUAAUGUCGUAACGAAUCAUGAAAAAAAAUGUACAGUUGAGAGGAAUAAGUUAAUGUAGAGACGAUUAUGCAUAAUUUACGAAAAUGUCUAUUUAGCCAGCUCGCUGGCUAGCUAACGUUAGCUAGCUAGCUUUAUGAGCGUUUUGUUGUUUAAUGUUUUAGGGACUCCUGAGAACCAUUAAACCAGGCUGUUGUCUUGUGAAACAGUGGAUGUAAAUAAUCUAGCUAGCUAAAGCAUUUACUGCAAAUUGAAAGUACAAUUUUGUAAGCUUGCCUUGCAAUGCAGCUGAAGUAAUGUAGUUAGCGAACUCUUUUCUUGCUUAUUGUGUAGUGGAGGAUAAAAAUACCUGUAUGCCUAUGAAUGUGUAGCUAGCUAUGUAGCCAAUCUGUAUGUGGACCUUAAAACAUUUGGUACAGUGGUUUUAAUUGCUUCCACCAGUUAAUCAUUAGUCCCCAAGAAAUUGCAGAAAAUUACUGUGACACACAUGACUGUUACAUGCCAAAAUUAUAAUGUGUUUUUCAGUCAUAUCCAAUACCAGGAGUAUCAAACUCCAGUCUUUGAAUUAUGCUGUGUCUGCGUGUACUAUACAGUGGGGAAAAAAAGUAUUUAGUCAGCCAACAAUUGUGCAAGUUCUCCCACUUAAAAAGAUGAGAGAGGCCUGUAAUUUUCAUCAUAGGUACACGUCAACUAUGACAGACAAAUUGAGGAAAAAAAAUCCAGAAAAUCACAUUGUAGGAUUUUUUAUGAAUUUAUUUGCAAACAAGCAAGAUUUCUGGCUCUCACAGACCUGUAACUUCUUCUUUAAGAGGCUCCUCUGUCCACUCAUUACCUGUAUUAAUGGCACCUGUUUGAACUUGUUAUCAGUAUAAAAGACACCUGUCCACAACCUCAAACAGUCACACUCCAAACUCCACUAUGGCCAAGACUAAAGAGCUGUCAAAGGACACCAGAAACAAAAUUGUAGACCUGUACCAGGCUGGGAAGACUGAAUCUGCAAUAGGUAAGCAGCUUGGUUUGAAGAAAUCAACUGUGGGAGCAAUUAUUAGGAAAUGGAAGACAUACAAGACCACUGAUAAUCUCCCUCGAUCUGGGGCUCCACGCAAGAUCUCACCCCGUGGGGUCAAAAUGAUCACAAGAACGGUGAGCAAAAAUCCCAGAACCACACGGGGGGACCUAGUGAAUGACCUGCAGAGAGCUGGGACCAAAGUAACAAAGCCUACCAUCAGUAACACACUACGCCGCCAGGGACUCAAAUCCUGCAGUGCCAGACGUGUCCCCCUGCUUAAGCCAGUACAUGUCCAGGCCCGUCUGAAGUUUGCUAGAGUGCAUUUGGAUGAUCCAGAAGAGGAUUGGGAGAAUGUCAUAUGGUCAGAUGAAACCAAAAUAGAACUUUUUGGUAAAAACUCAACUCGUCGUGUUUGGAGGACAAAGAAUGCUGUUGCAUCCAAAGAACACCAUACCUACUGUGAAGCAUGGGGGUGGAAACAUCAUGCUUUGGGGCUGUUUUUCUGCAUAGGGACCAGGACGACUGAUCCGUGUAAAGGAAAGAAUGAAUGGGGCCAUGUAUCGUGAGAUUUUGAGUGAAAACCUCCUUCCAUCAGCAAGGGCAUUGAAGAUGAAACGUGGCUGGGUCUUUCAGCAUGACAAUGAUCCGCCCGGGCAACGAAGGAGUGGCUUCGUAAGAAGCAUUUCAAGGUCCUGGAGUGGCCUAGCCAGUCUCCAGAUCUCAACCCCAUAGAAAAUCUUUGGAGGGAGUUGAAAGUCCGUGUUGCCCAGCGACAGCCCCAAAACAUCACUGCUCUAGAGGAGAUAUGCAUGGAGGAAUGGGCCAAAAUACCAGCAACAGUGUGUGAAAACCUUGUGAAGACUUACAGAAAACGUUUGACCUGUGUCAUUGCCAACAAAGGGUAUAUAACAAAUUAUUGAGAAACUUUUAUUAUUGACCAAAUACUUAUUUUCCACCAUAAUUUGCAAAUAAAUUCAUAAAAAAUCCUACAAUGUGAUUAUCUGGAUUUUUUUUCUCAUUUUGUCUGUCAUAGUUGACGUGUACCUAUGAUGAAAAUUACAGGCCUCUCUCAUCUUUUUAAGUGGGAGAACUUGCACAAUUGUUGGCUGACUAAAUACUUUUUUCCCCCACUGUAUGUAUUACAAUUAUACACUUUAACAGUGUUUACCAAUCCUGGUCCUGAGACAUCAAUAAUUACACAAUGUAGACACAUAAUUUAACUAGUUAAAGGUUGAUUUGUAAUUAAUAUAUACAGGACCGGAAUUACAAAAACAGUACACUACACUUCCUAUGCACUACACUUCCUCACCAGCUCAUUUCCUUAAUCUGCACUGAUCGGAGGACACAGUGUAGCUGUAGUAUUUCAUACAAUUAGAGACUUAAUUUCAACCUGUAGAGAAUGUGAACCAAUUCCAGUAGAGAAAGCUUUAAUGAAAGAAGUUCAUUAUCCAAGUGUUAUAAAUACAUAAAACAUGCAUUAGAAAUAUUAUAAUUAUAAUAUAUUAUAAAUACAAGUUCAAUCUGCACAUCAAUGCACAUCUGGUUUGCAUUAUAAAAACAGAGGAAGAAAGAGGAGGUGGGGAGAGAGGUGUGAGAAAGUGUCAAAGACAGACAAGGGGAAAGAGAUGAGAUCAAAGGAGCAGGGAAGACUGUAUAUGAUUGAUUAAUUACAGUGCUACUAAACAUCAUAUUUUCUCAGUUCAUCACAAUUACAUAAUAGUGUCUCUAGCGGUGUCUCCUAACCAGCCUUGGGUCCCCAAUUGGCCCGAGGGUUAUCUUAAAGCGGGUGAGGUGGCGAUGACGGGACUGGGGGUUGGUAUCCUCUCUCACAUCAAAACAUACCUGCAGAUGAGAGACAGAUGGAGAGAGAGAUGGCAUGAUUAAGCCUGGUCUUUUUAAUUCUAACACUGUCAGUCAUCAUAAUCAUCAGGAGGUGAAAUGCAAAACUGACCAUGGAUCAUUAACUCUUGGACAACUACAUCUCGAUCUGUAUUUCAAUGUAAAGCAUCUAUUUUAUAAUACUUCCUGUUGACCUGACCAUGCUGUGCCCUCUGUCUCAGGCAGUUCAGAAGCGGGAGGGGUUCACAUACAGUACCAGUCAAAAGUUUGGACACACCUACUCAUUCAAGGGUUUUUCUUAAUUUUUUACUAUUUUCUACAUUGUAGAAUAAUAGUGAAGACAUCAAAACUAUGAAAUAACACAUGGAAUCAUGUAGUAACCAAAAAAGUGUUAAAUAAAUCAAAAUAUAUUUUAUAUUUGAGAUUCUUCAAAGUAGCCACCCUUUGCCUUGAUGACAGCUUUGCUCACUCUUGGCAUUCUCUCAACCGGCUUCAUGAGGUAGUCACCUGGAAUGCAUUUCAAUUAACAGGUGUGCCUUGUUAAAAGUUAAUUUGUGGAAUUUAUUUCCUUCUUAAUAAGUUAGAGCCAAUCAGUUCUGUUGUGACAAGGUAGGGGUGGUAUACAGAAGAUAGCCCUUUUUGGUAAAAGACCAAGUCCAUAUUAUGGCAAGAACAGCUCAAAUAAGCAAAGAGAAACCACAGUCCAUCACUACUUUAAGACAUAAAGGUCAGUCAAUCUGGAAAAUGUCUUCAAGUGCAGUCGCAAAAACCAUCAAGCGCUAUGAUGAAACUGGCUCUCAUGAGAACCGCCACAGGAAUGGAAGACCCAGAGUUACCUCUGCUGCAGAGUAUAAGUUCAUUAGAUUUAGCAGCCUCUGAAAUGGCAGCCCAAAUAAAUGCUUCACAGAGUUCAAGUCACAGACACAUCUCAACAUCAACUGUUGAGGGGACUGUGUGAAUCAGGCCUUCAUGGUCGAAUUGCUGCAAAGGAACCACUACUAAAGGACACCAAUAAUAAGAAGAGACCUGCUUGGGCCAAGAAACACGAACAAUGGACAUUAGACCGGUGGAAAUGUGUCCUUUGGUUGGAGUCCAAAUUUGAGAUUUUUGGUUCCAACCCGCCGUGUCUUUGUGAGACGCGGUGUGGGUGAACGGAUGAUCUCCGCAUGUGUAGUUCCCACCAUGAAGCAUGGAGGAGGUGUUGUUAUGGUGUGGGGUUGCUUUGCUGGUGACACUGUCUGUGAUUUAUUUAGAAUUCAAGGCACACUUAACCAGCAUGGCUACCACAGCAUUCUGCAUCGAUACACCAUCCCAUCUGGUUUGGGCUUAGUGGGACUAUCAUUUGUUUUUCAAUAGGACCAUGACCCAACACACCUCCAGGCUGUGUAAGGGCUAUUUUACCAAGAAAGACAGGGAUGGAAUGCUGCAUCAGAUGACCUGGCCUCCACAAUCACCCGACCUCAACCCAAUUGAGAUGGUUUGGGAUGAGUCGGACGGCAGACUGAAGGAAAAGCAGCCAACAAGUGCUCAGCAUAUGUGGGAACUCCUUCAAGACUGUUGGAAAAGCAUUCCAGGUGAAGCUGGUUGAGAGAAUGCCAAGAGUGUGCAAAGCUGUCAUCAAGGCAAAGGGUGGCUAUUUGAAGAAUCUCAAAUAUAAAAUAUAUUUUGAUUUGUUUAACACUUUUUAGGGUACUACAUGAUUCCAUAUGUGUUAUUUAAUAGUUUUGAUGUCUUCAAUAUAAUUCCAGAAUGUAGAAAAUAGUAAAAAUAAAGAAAAACCCUUGAAUGAGUAGGUGUGUCCAAACUUUUGACUGUUACUGUAUAUAAAGAGACCGUUUUCAAAAGAGACAGUGUUCAACAGGAAUCUCUGUGUGUCCUCACCUGGUGUCCACACUGAGUGGCUCCAGAGUACUUUAUGCUGAAAAACAUGCACAUACACCCGAGGACAAACAAUAUAGCGUAGUUACAUAAAUAUAAAUGUGUCUUACUAUUCUCCAUGGUUGGUCCUCCUGCCUAUUCUUUGAAGGUGGAAGGACACCUGAGCCUGCUUACUGCACAACACAAUCCAUCAAUCAGAUUGAUACACCAGUGUGUGGGUUGUAGGGUGUCUAAUUGUUCAAAAACAUUUUCAAUAUGGGUGACUCUUAAGAACUUAUGUUUUUGUGCAGACAUCACCCUUACCUGAAGAGCACCCUCACCUGAGAAGUAGAAAUCAAAGGGAAAUAAACUAGGAAUUGUAAUAGCUGCAGUUGACAUAGCUUAUUAAAUGGAAGAAUGCUCUUUAUUGCAAUGUGGGUGGCUCUUAAAAUAGCCUUUGGUUGUGCAUAGUGUAGUCUAUGGUGUUGCCAGGGAACAGCACCCUCUUCGAAGAAUUAGGAGGUGAAGAUCUCCUCCACACUGAUUGCCUCCCAUUCUGCGUUGUUGGCCCCCAUCCGUGCAACAUCCUGCAGAGCAGCAGACCUCUCCUCUGGCAAACGGCGGAGAGCUGCAUGUCCCCUCCUGUUCCUCGUGUCCAUCCUCAUGAAAUUAUGCAGGACACCGGUAGCCUUCACACAUGCCUGAAUUCCCCCAUGAGGCAGUCCCAGAUGGCCCUGGUCACACUCGCGACAAUGUACCCAACUGUGAAGUGCCCUACACGGUAACUGUAGGCAAUCGUUUUGAAGGAAUCUCCAGUUGCAAGGUCUCUGUAGGAAUAUGGAAGAUAAUGUUCACCAACUACUUCUCAGAUAGAGUUCAAUGUGUCAAAUCGGAGGGCCUGUUGUCUGGACCUCUGGCAGUCUCUAUGGGGGUGCCACAGGGUUCAAUUCUCGGGCCGACUCUAUUCUCUGUGUAUAUCAAUGAUUUUGCUCUUGCUGCUGGUGACUCUCAGAUCCACCUCUACGCAGACGACACCAUUUUGUAUACAUCUGGCCCUUCAUUGGACACUGUGUUAACAAACCUCCAAACGAGCUUCAAUGCCAUACAACACUCCUUCCAUAGCCUCCAACUGCUCUUAAACGCUAGUAAAACUAAAUGCAUGCUCUUCAAUUGAACGCUGCUUGCACCUGCCCGCCCGACUAGAAUCACUACUCUCGGCGGGUCUGACUUAGAAUAUGUGGACAACUACAAAUACCUAGGUGUCUGGUUAGACCGUAAACUCUCCUUCCAGACUCACAUUAAGCAUCUCCAAUCCAAAGUUAAAUCUAGAAUCGGCUUCCUAUUUCGCAACAAAGCCUCCUUCACUCAUGCUGCCAAACAUGCCCUCGUAAAACUGACUAUCCUACCGAUCCUUGACUUCGGCGAUGUUAUUUACAAAAUAGCCUCCAACACUCUACUCAGCAAAUUGGAUGUAGUCUAUCACAGUGCUAUCCGUUCUGUCACCAAAGCCCCAUAUACUACCCACCAUUGUGACCUGUACACUCUCGUUGGCUGGCCCUCACUACAUAUUCGUCGCCAAUCCCACUGGCUCCAGGUCAUCUAUAAAUCUCUGCUAGGCAAAUCCCUGCCUUAUCUUAGCUCAUUGGUCACCAUAGCAACACCCACCCGUAGUAUGCGCUCCAGCAGGUAUAUCUCACUGGUCAUCCCCAAAGCCAACACCUCCUUUGGCCGCCAUUCCUUCCAGUUCUCUGCUGCUAAUGACUGGAACGAACUGCAAAAAUCUCUGAUGCUGGAGACUCUUAUCUCCCUCACUAACUUUAAGCAUCAGUUGUCAGAGCAGCUUACCGAUCACUGCACCUGUACACAGCCCAUCUGUAAUUAGCCCACCCAACUACCUCAUCCCCAUAUUGUUAUAUAUUUUGCUCAUUUGCACCCCAGUAUCUGUAUUUGCACAUUAUCUUCUGCACAUCUAUCACUCCAGUGUUAAUACUAAAUUGUAAUUAUUUUACACUAUGGCCUAUUUAUUGCCUUACCUCCAUAACUUACUACAUUUUAACACACUGUAUAUAGGUUGUGGUAUUGACUGUAUGUUUUGUUUAUCCCAUGUGUAACUCUGUGUUGUUGUGUUUUUUAUCGCACUGCUUUGCUUUAUCUUGGCCAGGUCGCAGUUGUAAAUGAGAACUUGUUCUCAACUGGCUUACCUGGUUAAAUAAAGGUGAAAUACAAAUAAAAUAAAAGGUCAUAAUUAGACUUUUACAUCACCAGGUCAUUGUGGAUUACUAAAGUAUAAUAUCUCUUAUAACAAAUCAUGAAACAUUGGAUAGAUAGAUGCAUGUGCACACACGUGCAUGUGUAGCAUGUGACAACAGCAGGAUCAUAUCAAGGAAAAUGAAUACAUAAAUACCACUUGAAGCUUGAUGAUGAGUUGAUCAUUUGUAGUGCUAAGGCAAAAACGUAUUUGACAGCUGGAGCUGCCAUCCUUUCACCCUCUUUCAUGGCUGUUAGCAAGCUACCUACAAAUGUGUUUGUGUUUUUUAAUUUCAAUGAUAAAUGCAUCAAGAUAGCUAGCUAAUAUGAAGUUAUUUAAUUCAUCUAGCUAGCUAGCUAUACAGUAUUUAUACGUUAGUAGCUCAUUUGUGACCGACCGCCUCGAUUCGGUCUUACGUAGUAAAAUUUGAAAUGGUGUUUUUUACAUUGGAUAAAAGUAGAGACUCUGGUGUAGAGAAAAUGGUGUAUCAUACACUGCAGUUGAGGAACAAAUGGGAAAGUAAUUCUGCUUUGAAAGUUGAAAAAGUUGUAACCCCACUUUUGAGAAAAUGGCCUUGAAUGUUUUGGGACACCAACUCGAGAGCUCUUCUUUGUCUACACCCAUUCAGCAUCAUUCACACCCUCUUAAGCCUUCUCUUUAAGGAUUGACAUGUGAGGCCAUGUGCUAAACAGUGAGUACGGUAGUGUAGAACCAAAGAUUUCAAGACUAAAGGCUGGUUUAUACUACUUCUAUCGACAUGUCUGUAUACAGUUGUCGCAGUGACAUCAUGAACAUUCUAUUGUCAUCCAACAUCAAACUUGUCGUUAUAAAAAAAAGAAUAAGCACAGAAACGUCAGGCUGCAUGACAUCAGCAUCCUGGGGGUCCAAAAUAGCAUAAACUGGUGCAUUUUAACACCAAUAAACCCAAUCCGUUAAAAAAUGAAUUUAGUAUACAGUGGGGAAAAAAAGUAUUUAGUCAGCCACCAAUUGUGCAAGUUCUCCCACUUAAAAAGAUGAGAGUGGCCUGUAAUUUUCAUCAUAGGUACACGUCAACUAUGACAGACAAAAUGAGGGAAAAAAAUCCAGAAAAUCACAUUGUAGGAUUUGUAAUGAAUUUAUUUGCAAAUUAUGGUGGAAAAUAAGUAUUUGCUAUGCAAACCGUAGUCUGGCUUUAUUAUGGCGGUUUUGGAGCAGUGGCUUCUUCCUUGCUGAGCGGCCUUUCAGGUUAUGUCGAUAUAGGACUCGUUUUACUGUGGAUAUAGAUACUUUUGUACCUGUUUCCUCCAGCAUCUUCACAAGUUCCUUUGCUGUUGUUCUGGGAUUGAUUUGCACUUCGCACCAAAGUACGUUCAUCUCUAGGAGACAGAACGCGUCUCCUUCCUGAGCGGUAUGACGGCUGUGUGGUUCCAUGGUGUUUAUACUUGCGUACUAUUGUUUGUACAGAUGAGCGUGGUACCUUCAGGCGUUUGGAAAUUGCUCUCAAGGAUGAACCAGACUUGUGGAGGUCUACAAUUUAUUUUCUGAGGUCUUGGCUGGUUUCUUGUGAUUUCCCCAUGAUGUCAAGCAAAGAGGCACUGAGUUUGAAGGUAGGCCUUGAAAUACAUCCACAGGUACACCUCCAAUUGACUCAAAUGACUCUUCUAAAGCCAUGACAUCAUUUUCUGGAAUUUUCCAAGCUGUUUAAGGGCACAGUCAACUUAGUGUAUGUGAACUUCUGACCCACUGGAAUUGUGAUGCAGUGAAUUAUAAGUGAAAUAAUCUGUCUGUAAACAAUUGUUGGAAAGAUUACUUGUGUCAUGCACAAAGUAGAUGUCCUAACCGACUUGCCAAAACUAUAGUUUGUUAACAAGAAAUUUGUGGAGUGGUUGAAAAACGAGUUUUAAUGACUCCAACCUAAGUGUAUGUAAACUUCCGACUUCAAUUGUAGGUGAUUUGAUGACGUUGAAAUGGUGCUGGAAUAGUGGAGGCAGCUCCUGUUUUCUUUGGGACUUGUGGUAACUCUCUGUCGUUAUAAAUGAAUAGUUGUUUAGUAGUCCGAAAAUGUCGGAAACAUUAACUUGCUUGACCAUGCUGUAGGUCAUGUAACUGUUUGUUACAUGCAAUAUGCUUUGUGGACUUCACCGGACAGAUGUUGCUCUCCGGUUUUGUGAUAAAUCAAAGAUAUGGUUCCUGCCACUGUGUCUUCUUAUUGUCUCGGCCUUAGGCAAGGCAUAUGAACUAACAGGUAAUAGAGCAAACAACGCAAUUAUCACAACACAGGUUGGAAUAUGGCUUUUUUGUGGGGAGGCUCGGCUUCCCCAGUGAUUUUACCCACGCACCGCUACUGCAUAUAGAACUGUAGGUUGGUGAUACGCUGGAAAGGGUUGCAGCAUAUGCCUGUACACACACAGCCCUGAGGCCCGCCCUAAUACAGCAGGCAUGAUCCCAAUUACGUUUGUGUGUGUGAGAGGGAGAGAUAGGAAGAGAGGAAUGGGAAUACACACAGCUCCAUUGUUGAGUAGUCCUUUUUGGGAGUGGUGCUGUGUCUCGUGUCCCUCACACACUGGACCGGCAGCCCAGACCAGAGCACUCCAAGCUGGUGUUCAGACCUCUCUGUCUGCCCUAUACUACCUCUGGACCUGGGGCUGGAUGUCUGGAGCUGGUCUGGAGCUGGUCUGGAGCUGGUCUGGAGCUGGUCUGGAGCUGGUCUGGAGCUGGUCUGGAGCUGGUCUGGAGCUGGUAUGGGGCUGGUCUGGAGCUGGUAUGGGGCUGUUCAGGUUGGGUGGAGGGGUUUUUCUGGAGUUAGUGAAUGUGAGUCUGUUUGUGGAGAGAGAGAAAGAGGGGAUGUGAAUGUUCUUGCGUGGAGAUUUACGUAAGAGGUGUGUGUGUUUGUAGAGGUUUCGUCAUGUGAGUGUGUGUGGUCCUAGAGAGUGGUGGCAUUGACGGUCAUACUUUUUUUCUUGCUAAGACCAUCUCUCUCUCUCUCGCCCCCUCUCUCUCUCUCGCUCUCUCUCUCCCUCUCUCUAGAUCACGGUGUGGAAGAGGUACAGUGAUUUCCGGAAACUUCACCACGACCUCUGGCAGCUCCACAAGAAUCUCUUCAGCCAAUCAGAGCUCUUCCCACCCUUCGCCAAGGCCAAAGUGUUUGGUAAGGGGCCACUAUUAACAUAUUACAUGACAUGAUGUGUGUGUGUGUGAUAAACACAGUGUAAUAAACACAGUGUGUGUAGGUCGUUUUGAUGAGACAGUGAUUGAGGAGAGGAGGCAGUGCUCAGAGGAUCUGUUACAGUUCUCUGCUAACAUCCCAGCCCUCUACAGCAGCCAGCACAUCCAGGACUUCUUCAAGGUACACACACACACACACACACUCACAUACAAUCAUCAUAUACGCUGCUGCUACUCUGUUUAUUAUAUAUCCUGGUGCCGAGUCACCUUACCCCUAUACAUAUCUACCUCUAUCGAUACAGUAUCCCUGCACAUUGUAAAUAUGGAACUGACCCUGUAUAUAGUAUGCAUACUUUCUCCUGUUCUUAUUUCUUAUUUUAUAUCUUGUGUGUUUUUGUUAUACCUUGUUAUUUUUAGUAUUACAUUGUUAUUGAUUACUGCAUUGUUGGGGUUAGAGCUUGCAAAAAAAGUUAUUUCACUGUACUUGUGCAUGUGACAUUGAAACACACAUGAACACACACAUGAACACAGACAAACCUCCUUCAAGGUACUGGUCCACCUAGCGUCACUUUGCUAAUAAACAUCUGUCCCUGACUCAUCAUAGGCUCACUGUCCAAUUGGCUCCCUCUCUGAUUGGUUGUUGGUUGUGUUUCAGGGAGGGGAGGUCAGCGACGGCUCAGAGCUUAUUGGACCGGCCGAACCCUUCUUGGACUUCCUGGCUGACAGCCUAUCAGACUGCAGCUCUGAAGGUAGGGCAGGACCUGAGGAGUGUUCAUUACAGUUUCAUCCCAGUUUAACCUCAUAUUUGAGUAAAAAGGACACCUACCCUUGUAUCACUCAUCGUUUGUGUGUCUGUGUGUCUUUCUCCAGUUCAGAGGGAUAUCGGUGGAGCAGAUGAUUUGACCAUUACCAGUCAGUCUGAAUAUGGAGGUAAAAACAAUAUUGUGUGUGUGUUUCUACAUUCCUGUAUUUGUGUGUUGUCUGUACUGAUGUCUAUGUGUCCCCUCCCCAGGUCCGUCCAGUGACAGUGACCUGACCUCCCUGGCCGUAGACAUAGACUCUUUGGCAGAGCUGGACGAUGGCAUGGCCUCAGGCCGCAGCUCGCCCAACCAGCCACUGGGAGGCUCCAGCACCAUCACCAGUACCCACAGCAGCCCCUCUCUGCCCCCCCUGUAUGACUACCAGCAGCACCACCAUCAGCAGCACACCUCCAACCCAGCCCCCGGCUCCCCAGCCCCCGAGGUCAGCCGAGCCAGCAGGACAGCGCUGUUCCCCUCCAGUCUGAGGAGAGGUAACGCUAACGCUAGGGAAACCAAGAGAGACUACCUGGACAGGGCUAGCGAACACAUCCGAUUGGCCGUGCAGAAGGAAGCAGAGCAGGACUACCAAUCAGCGUUCUCCUACUACAGGAGCGGGGUGGAUUUGCUUCUGCAAGGGGUGCAAGGUAGGUACCUUGGAUGGAAACACUAGGUACUUUGUUGAGGAAACAAUGUUUGUGGUGCUGUGAUAAGGGGUUCUGUUGAGAGGAAGCGAUGGCCAGCCAUGUUGUCACUAAUGACUGUUAUUAACUCAACACCCCUUGGAACAUCAGUUACAGCUCUUAGUCCAGACACACACUACUACGCUACACAAUACCUCUCGCUUUCACUCUCUCUCUCUCGCUUUCACUCUCUAUCUCGCUUUCACUCUCUCUCUCGUUUUCACUCUCUCUCUCUUGUUUUCACUCUCUCUCUCUCGCUUUCACUCUCUCUCUCGCUUUCACUCUCUCUCUCUCGCUUUCACUCUCUCUCUCUCGCUUUCACUCUCUCUCGCUUUCACUCUCUCUCUCUUUUUCACUCUCUCUCUCUCUUCUCGCUUUCACUCUCUCUCUCUCGCUUUCACUCUCUCUCUCUCGCUUUCACUCUCUCUCUCUCGCUUUCACUCUCUCUCUCUCGCUUUCACUCUCUCUCUCUCGCUUUCACUCUCUCUCUCUCGCUUUCACUCUCUCUCUCUCGCUUUCACUCUCUCUCUCUCGCUUUCACUCUCUCUCUCUCGCUUUCACUCUCUCUCUCGUUUUCACUCUCUCUCUCUCGCUUUCACUCUCUCUCUCUUGUUUUCACUCCCUCUCUUUCUUUUCUUCUCUCUCGCUCGUACUCAUACAAACACUUGCACUCACCCGAUUAGGGGGAAAGGGUGUGUUGGUACAAAUGCGGUGCGUGAUUGAUUGGUUUUGUAAUCUGAAUUGGCUGGUUCUAAGUGUUUGUACCUUAUCUAAUUCUCCCUCUCUCCUCUCUCUCUCCAGGCGAGCCCAGCCCUACAAGGCGGGAGGCAGUGAAGAGAAAGACGGCUGAGUAUCUGAUGCGUGCUGAGCAGAUAUCCAAUCAGCAUCUGAGAAGCAGCAUGGGUCAAGGGUCAACACAGACAGUGGUCAGUGGCUACAAACAAUAUCAUUGGCUAACUGAUGCACCCUGAUAAUAAUUAUUGUAAAAGACAACAUUUCUUCUCAAUGACUUGCCUGGCUACACAAAGGUUAAAUAAAAUCAAUCUUAUGUCAAUGUCCAUCUAUCUCAGGCCAUGGGGGCGCAAUGCUCUACAGCUGCCUGCAGAGGGGGUCAGCAGAGUCCAGCCGAGGAGCUCAGGGCCUACAGAGUGCUGGGGGUCAUCGAUAAGGUCAGUCUGGGGAGGGAUGGGUUAAAGGUCAGUCAUAUAGACUGUUUCUUUUAGGUCGGUUCGGAUGGAGAGGAAGCCACUUUAGACUAUUGAGAAGCAUCCUGUGGGCAGUUCUCAUCGGGUUCAAAGUGGUUUCCUCUCCUCAUCUCCUUUCCUAGAUCUAAUAAUGUAGAAAGACUACUGUGUUACCUGUUUUCACCUAUCCAGGUCUUUAAAAUCAGCUAGGAUCAAGGAAAGGAGACGAGGAAAGGAAGCCAGUGUGUAACACUAACUAUUGAAGUAUGUGUCGGGGUGCCACAAGGUCAGUUUAGGUUACUGGUCUUCUCAAACAGCUGCUGGCAAAGUGACUCCAGCACUGGAGCAUGAAAUGACUUGGCAGGCAGAGCGGACAUCGCACAACACAGAAUCAAUGGAGCUCAGCACACAGGCCAGAGCCACAGCUCUAUACAACACAACCAAACACAUAUAACAUUGACACAGUAUAACACACAACAUGUGUUAAAGUGUUGUAGCACUACACAAAACUAAAACCAUACAAUGUUUGCACACAACUCAGCAACACAUCUAAGCACCCGUGGGAAUUUGCUCCCUUAUUCUGUGCAUAAAAAAAUGCGGCUAACGAAAGAUAACAGCAUUGUAUUUUAACCUGAUGGACAAUGACAUACACAACACAACACAGCUUUUCUCUUCUCCUCCUCCCUCCUUCUCUCACUUUUAAUUGGGGACAGGGAGACAGAUGGAGAGAGCUCCUCACCCCUACGCCUCCUCUCCCUUCCCCUCCUCUCCCCCGUCCCUGAUGUUGGUGUCUUAAUUAUAUUAGCGCCCUGGCUAGCACUUUCACUCUGUUUACUCACAACUCCAUUCAUAUCCAUUUAGCCUGCACCUGUUUGGGCCCAGCCAGGGUCACUGAGAGAAUAACACACACACACACACACCGCCACAUAUGCUCCAGCUCUCCCCUGAGAGAGGGAGCGGGAGAGAAAUGGAGAUGUCAGAGAGAGGAGGAGAAGUGAAGGAGAAAAGAAAUUAAGAUGUCAGGAAAGAGAGAGGAAGGGAGGGUGUGCAGGGAGGUGAAACGGACAUGAUUUAAGAGUGAGGGAGGGAGGCGGGGAAGAGAGGAGAUGGAGGGGUAAUGUUAUGCCUUUAUUCUAUUUGUCUUUCCCUUCAGGUUCUUCUGGUUAUGGACAAGAGAACCCAGGAGACCUUCAUUUUGAAAGUAAGUCUAUGUGGUGAAUUAGUAGUCUUACUAGUGUGUGUGUCAGUCCCAUGUAUCCAGCCUAACGGUGUGUGUGAAAGCCACCACGUAUCCACACUGUAGCAGUGUGUGUUAAAGCCACCAUGCAGCAUGAGUGUAAUGGAGUGAAUAUGAGAGCCACCAUCCGCCCUGAGUGUAACGGUGUGUUUUUGAGAGCCACCAUCCGCCCUGAGUAUAACGGUGUGUAUGUGAGUGCCACCAUGCGCCCUGAGUGUAACGGUGUUUAUGUGAGAGCCUCAAUGCGCCCAGAGUGUAACGGUGUGUAUGUGAGAGCCACCAUGCGCCCUGAGUGUAACGGUGUGUAUGUGAGAGCCUCAAUGCGCCCUGAGUGUAACGGUGUGUAUGUGAGAGCCACCAUGCGCCCUGAGUGUAACGGUGUGUAUGUGAGAGCCUCAAUGCGCCCAGAGUGUAACGGUGUGUAUGUGAGAGCCACCAUGCGCCCUGAGUGUAACGGUAUGUGAGAGCCCCAUGCGCCCUGAGUGUAACGGUGUGUAUAUGAGAGCCACCAUGCGCCCUGAGUGUGUAACCGUGUGUAUGUGAGAGCCUCAAUGCGCCCUGAGUGUGACCUGUGUAAUUGAUUCUAAUGGCCGUGUCCCUGUCAGCUCUCCUGCUCUGGGGCGAGACGUGUGCCAGAUGCCAACACAGCACGCCACGGGCACAGACGACACACACCACACACAUUCAUUCCUCCACUGAGGACACAGGGAGUCGGGUUUGCAGGGAAAUGUUUGCACAACCUCAAUGCAAUGUUUCUCUUUCAUCCACGUCCCUUCAACUUUUGUCCCUCACCCAUACAAUAUCACUCAUCUCCUCUCUAACUCUGUCCCCUCAACCCUCCCCCUGGCCUUUCCCUCCCUCCCUCAGGGCCUGAGGAAGAGCAGUGACUGUGGGAGACCCAAGCGGACCAUCAUGCCUCACUCUGUGCCCCACAUGGUGCGGCUGAGGAAGUUCAUCGUCUCAGAGGACACCGUGUUUCUGCUGCUACAGUACGCUGAGGGUAUGACACACACAGCUUUUGUCUUCCUUUUGUCUCCCUCACUCGCUCCAUCUUUCCUAUCUCUUCUCUCCUUAUCUCCCCUCUUUAUCUCCCUCCCUCUCUUCACUCACUCACUCACCCCCUGCCUACCCUUGUUGUAGACAGAUGUUUGAUAGAGUUGGGUGUAUGUCACAGGUCAUUAUUCUGAAUACCAGGUGGUGCCGCGCUUCAUUAGCUAUGCUAACACCUGGGCCUCCUUAUUUUCCACUCACCAACGUGUGUGUGUGUGUGUGUGUGUGUGUGUAAAAUAGACAGACUCUGAUAGCAGUUAGAGUAACUGCUAUCCUCACGCUUGUGAAAGAUGCAAUUAAAUCAAUUUUUUUUGCAAUGCACCUAUUGAUUUUGAUUUACAAUCAUUUAGAAAAUGAAUGCGUUUUUCAUAUGGCAUUCAAAUAUUUGAUUGGCUAGCACAAUAUUUGGUUUGGAAAACUAGAUAUAAUGAUAUGAUGCUUCAAAUGGUAGAUACAAUCCAAGUCUAAGAAAAGCACUAAAACUAGUGCACUACAGGAUAGCGAAUCUGUCCCACAUGAGAUGAGCGGACAAACAGCCAAACAAAGUAGUUGAGAGCAGACAGAGGGAGGCAGUGACCUGAGUGACAUUCUCCAGUCCAACAUGUGGUUGUUUUUCCUCCUAAGUGAUCAGGCUGCCUUACUAUCAUUAUCACCGCCAGCAGCACACACCCUAUUCAGUCUCAUCAUACACAACAGAUGCUGUCCUACAAUCACUCACACCACAGCUGGGUUAGUGUGUGUGUGUGUGUGUGUGUGUGUGUGUGUGUGUUGGGGGGAGUGUGUGCCCAUCUCUGCCUGCCAAGGACAGUUUCUAAAUGUUAUCAUGACCCUUGAGCUAAUUGAGUCCCCAAAAAAUAACAAUUUAAACAGUUUUCUCCUUAAUGUUGUUCUCUGUCAUUUUUCCCUUAUAUUUACGUUUUGAGCAACCCACCUUGCCAACCAAAACGUUCUUACUUUGAUCAGUAAACAAGAGUUUUUUAAUUCUCCCCAUCUCUUUCUCUCUUCUCUCUCUCCCUCUCUCUUCUCCUCUGUCCAGGUGGGAAGCUGUGGUCUCACAUUGGGAAGUUCCUCCGUAACUCCAGCCCGGAGGAGAGCUUCGACAUUCCCUUCAUUCAGAAGAGCCACACCACGGCAGUCCACUCUGCCCAACAUGCUGCUCCCAAACUGGGCUUGGACUCCGACAGCUCUGGGUCUGGGCCUGGAUGUGUGCUCCAGAGGCAAGGGGAGUCUUCUCUUGUCCUCCCCCAGAAGAGUGCUAUGCAUCCUGGGCUGGCUGACAGCCUUGGGCCCCAGCUGGACUCUGUAGUGACCUCUGAGUUAGAGGAGUGCACCAACAGUUAUCUGAAUCUCUGUAAUGAGUAUGAGCAAGAAAAGGUAGAACCGGAAGCUCUAGGAGAGGAGGAAGAGAAGGAGGGAGAGGGGGGUGUGUUGAGAGGACAGGAAGCAUCGUCGCUGGAUGUCACCGUCACCACGACGACCACUUCCUCCAGGACUCGCUCACUGCUUAGCAACGACAGCCUCUGCUCUCCAAUCAGCGCCCAGGAGCUGCGUUUCUUCACUGAGACGGCUGGGGACCACAACAACGGCCAUUGCCAGGACAUCGGGCAGGACCACGGCGAGGUGUUCAGCCCCUUGCUCUCCCCCGCCGUUCCUCUCUCGUUGGACCAGUCCAAACGCACCCCCAUGGAGUUCUUCCGCAUCGACAGUAAGGACAGCGCUAGCGAGGUGACGUGGUGUCCUGACUCGGCCGAGCUGAGGCCCAAACCAGACCCUUCCAAGCCCAUCCCCUUCCUGUCCACCUCUGACCUGGGCUCUGAAGUCACAGACCUGUCAGACCUAGUGGAGGAGGUGAAAGGUCACAGAGGUGGGUCUGACCUGUGGGGUCUGGAUGGUAGUGACCAGGGCUCUAAUGAGUCAGUACCAGUCAUCUCCUUUAAAGAGGCGGUGGUGGAGGACGAGGGUCGACCCCCUGACCUCCUGGUCAACCUGCCUGGGGUCAUGGCUGGGGGUGUGGAGGGGGUGGUGGGGGUAUCUGGGGAGGUGGAGGCCCUAGAGAAGGAGCUGGUGUCCUUGGGGGUGUGUCUGGCCCUGGAGGCCAAAGCUUCCCCUAACUUCACCCAGCCGGACGUCCUGCAGCUCCACCACGAGCUUGAGGAGGGGGAGGAGCUGGCUGUGGGGCGGGGGCGGGCCCUCCCCUCGGGGGACAGACACGCCACCUCUUCCUCUCCUUGCGCCUCCUUGUGGGAUGACUGUGGCCUGGCCUUCGGACAAGAUGCUAAAAUGGACAAAAUGGCUUCCGGCGCUCCCGUACUCCCGAAUAAGGACUUCCGCCCUGCCAGCGCUGUGUCUAUAGCCCCGCUCUCUUCCUCCAACACAGACAUUCCAUUCGCUGACUCGCUUAGAUCCCUUCCUGAAAGAUUAGAAGCCAUUUUGAACCUACAGGUACACCCUGACAGUUUGGUUCUGAACCCAGACGGGACGAUAGCUGGCUCCAACCGCGGUCAGGAUGGGACAGGGGCCAGCUCUGGGGCAGAGAGUGCACUAGGCGUUGAGUCCCAGUUCCAGGCCAGUAAGGCUGGUGUGGAGGACAUGGUAGAGUCAGAUAAGGAUGUGUCUCGGCUGUUUGCAGAGCUGGACCAGUUGUCUGCUGUAGCAUCCCAGGCCAGGAUUCCAGAGGAGUUUGUGAGGUGCUGGGCAGUGGACAUGGUCUCUGCCUUGGACUCACUGCAUCAGGAGGGCAUCGUCUGCAAGGACCUCAACCCCAACAACAUCCUCAUCAACAGCAAAGGUCAGAGGUCAACCAGCUCUUCUGAAGGGACAGGGCUUUCUGACAACCGUGUUGACGUGAUGGGUGUUUUUAUAUAGUGUUUAUACAUCAAAAGUAAACUCCCAUCAUACGUGUUGUGUUGACCUAGUUAUAUGCAUUAGGAGAAAUAUGCAGGCCUCAAUCUAAUUUCCUCUGUCGACUAGAAGAUCAUUUAUGAAACAAAGUACGAAGUAUUUCACACUGGUGGGGGAUUUUCAUCAUCUUUAGCUUUUCCUUCCAAGCUUAAACUUCUAAAGUUCUGCCAGAUUUAUUCAAAUAGAUAGGACAUGCCACUCAUAUUCCUGUCUGUCUGAUACCAAUGGUUUGGAAACUCCCUCCAAAGCAUUAUCUUUGUUUUACACCGACCCAAGCUCGAAUCUCUCUCCUUCCCUUUCUAGUCCCAUCAUCUCUCUGUACCUCAUUAUGGACACUUGUCUAAUUAUCUGAGUGGCUGUUUUGGUCUCCCCGUGUUUCUCUCUGUGUGUAAUUAAUGUUCUAAAGGGCUAUCAACAGCCCUCUAGUAGUGUAGUGCAUCAGUCUGGUUAGCUCAGGCUGAUGGCACCGGCUAGCUAAUGGCACCAUUAGUCCUAAUGAUACUGUUAGCCGUUAGCAGCUAAACAGGAGUAAUCACUGGGGCCGUGUGCUGCUGGAAUAGCUCUGUUAGAAAGAGAAAGAGAGAGAGGAAGGAAGAGAGGGGUGUAAGUGUUCUAGAGGUGAGCUGAGUGGACUGUUGUGUGCAGAGAGAGCGAGGGAGUCAGGGUGACACAAACACGGUUUUUGGAAGUUGGAGAAGAGACUAGUAUGUGUGUGUUUACAUGUUGGACAGGGAUAUGUUUUGGGUUUGUUGACAUGACUCAUUUGUCUGUCUGUCUGUCUCUCUCUCCCUCCAUCCCUCGUUCCUAGGCCAUGUUGAGCUGACGUAUUUCUGCAGCUGGAGUGACGUGGAGGACUCCUACGACAGGGAGGCCAUCACCAACAUGUACUGUGCACCAGGUGAGAAAUACCCACACACAGAUCAAGGCAACGCAUUUAUCAAAGCAGUUUCCUCCAUUAGACCUGACUGUGCAUCCAUGUUGUAUUUCCUAAUAGUCCGCCACAGUGGACGUGUCAUAAUACCCAGAAAACCACGGAAAUGGUUCCAAUGGUUUUUCCGCCAUUCAUUUUUCACAUCGUGAAUUUUACAAAGAAAAUCUAAUGAAUUGUGUGUUUGGUGUAGGCUUACCUUGGCGUGACAUUUUGAUAGCCGUGUAAUUCUCUCUCAGACAAGGUGAGUUUCAUCAAUAUAUUCUCCUCGAUUAGCUCGCAAAAAUUGGCAGUGCUAAGCAUUGAUAAAAGUUACCUUGUCCGAGAGAGCGUUGCGCACUUAUCAAAACGUCAUGCCAGGGUAAGCCUACACCAAACACAGACCUUAUAUGAAGUAGGUCUAAAUUCCCAGACGCAAAAAUGAAUGGUGAAGAAAAUCAAUUGGAACCAUUUCCGGGUUUAUGACUCAUACUGUGGUACUCAAUUGUUCUAAAAUGGGAGCUUGUGCAUGUGUGUGUACACAGACCAGAGUGGAAGGCCUCAGUAGUUUAGUAGUGGGGCCCAGGCUGUGUAGAGAGGUUCAUGUUAUGCAGACACACAGGCAGAAGUAGGCCACUCUCCCUCCCAUCUCCCAUGGCCACAAAGGCCUCAUUCAUACAGGAGCAAGGCCACGUAAACAGUUCACUAGAGUAGAGCACUAUGUAUGUGGGGCCUCGGGAAAUUGGGUUUAAAUGGCAGUAGAGCCAACUCAUUCAUACGUGUAGAUCUACAGAUAACACACUAGAAGACGUAGUUUUGGUGUGCAUGCCUUGAGAGUUCUCAUUCAGUGAUGUCUUCAUAACAUGAACAAGUUUUAAACCAACACUGACCAUAGAAUUAAACCUAGUAACAGAUGCACAGAAGACCAACAUUUUCUGUGACUAUUGAUGACACACGAUUACUGUCAUCUAUAGUCUUUACAUAUUUUGAAAGGCUUAAAAUGCACAGACAUUUAUUUAUACAUUUAGGAACUGAAUGUAGUUCCCAGGGUAUCCUGUAGAGGGUGGUGUGGCGCCAGCCUGGUGUGGUGUGACUGACCUCUCCUGUGGCCUGAGCAUGCCUGUGGAAGCCCUGGCAUGCUGUUUAAAGGCUGACUAAACACACUGCUGUUACACACAAGACUCCACCGCACCGUGUGUGCGUGCGUACGUACAACACUGAUGCCGCAUGACACUGUACUGGACAGCAGCCGACAUGCGACACAUAUAGUUAACAUACUGUAUGUAUCGCUUUGGAUGAAAGCAAAAAUGACAGAUGUAUAUACUUUUAUAUACUUUUAAGUUCUCUCUCCCACCCCCUCCUCCCAAUCCUUAUUUUCCAAACCAACUGUAUGACAGAGUGUAAUAAGUCUGAAAGCAAAGCUCCAUCUUUCUCCACUCAUGUAAUAUUCUAAAUGCACUGUAGGCUAAGCCUCAGGCAGGCAGGCCAGCGCAGCAGGAGCACCGUCCGUGUGUUAAGGCACUCUAAUGGAGAUAGGAACCCGACACUGAGGGACAUACACUGAGAAUACCCCCCCCCCCCCUUUGCCCUCAAAACAGCCUCAAUUCAUUGGGGCAUGGACUCUACAAGGUGUCAAGCGUUCCACAGGGAUGCUGGCCCAUGUUGGCGCCAAUGCUUCCAACAGUUGUGUCCAGUUGGCUGGAUGUCCUUUGGGUGGUGGACCAUUCUUGAUACACAUGGGGAACUGUUGUGCGUGAAAAACCCAGCAGCGUUGCAGUUCUUGACACUAACCGGUGUGCCUGGCACCUACUACCAUACCCUGUUCAAAGGCACUUACAUUUGUUGUCUUGCCCAUUCACCCUCUGAAUGGCACACAUACACAAUCCAUGUGUCUAUUGUCUCAAGGCUUAAACAUCCAACCUGACUGAAGUGGAUUUAACAAGUGAUGUCAAUAAGGGAUCAUAGCUUUCUCCUGGAUUCACCUGGUCUUGUAUACUCAAUUUAUGUCAAAUGAUAAAGUCCCAGAGGUCAGCAGGAGUUGUUGCACUAAAGACAGAUGACAGAGGAAUAAGCAGGCAGAGGUUAGGGAGUUUGUAGGUCAGAUGGAAGGUGGAAUUGAGUGUUCGCUGUACUUCUUUAAUUUGGGAAAGAUAUUGGAUUAUUUUUAAAGGGUGUGGUGACUACCUAUUUGCUUCUGCGUGGAGGGACAUGUAGGUCCAUAUAGGACUAGUUGUCGAAGCAUAUCUACAUUUUGUGUCUGUGGUUACUUUGGUUCUGUUUGAGCACUUCACUGGGCAGCAUGUGGUAGGUGUAGUAGCCACGAGGAUCCAGCAGGGGGAUUCAUGCUCUGUCUGUGAGUGUCUGUCUGACUUCUCUAUCUUUGCUUUAUAGCCUUCCCUCUCACUCACUUUCUCUCUAAAUCUCACUUUCUCACACUUUUCACUCUUUCUUUCAAUCUCACACUCCAUUCUCUCUUUCAUUCUAUCUACCUCAAUGUCAUUCUGUAAUCCCCCCCCCCCCCUCCCACAGAUGUACUUACACCCCCCCUUUAUGUAUUGCUGUUUACCCAGACAGGGUCAGUCCCAGCUAUGGUUCAUUCCUGAUGACAGAUUUAUGACUGUUUGCCAGAGAGCUUGCAGGGUGCCUGCUGUGACAGGGCUCUGUGUGUGUGUGUCAAGAGGGAGAGAGACAACAUGUUUUCAACACACUUGCACCCAAAAACAUAGGAGGAGACUGGGAAAGUAUUUCAUUUAUUGUUCUGGAGUAGUUGUUUAUUUGAUCUCUUUAACUGAUAUUAGAACUGAUACUGUAAACACCAGAGAGCUUUUCUGUUAUUUAAAAAAUCCCCCAAAAUAAGAAUGUAUUUCUUUUUUUACGUCCCUCCUCCCCAUCAAACUAACAGCAUGUUAUUUAGUGACAAUGGCAUUGUCACUUAUUGCCCGAUUCACUUAAAGAUCGAUAGGCCUUAGAUUCCCUUUCUCCCUAUUGUAUCCAACACCACAGUAGGUACAUCUGGUUAAGGGCAACUGCUCCAGCCCUUCUCUCUUCACUUCCUCCUACAUCACUUCCCGUUCGAACAAUGGCUGUCGGUUGGUUUUGGGGAAGUGGAGAAGAGAGAGGAGAAGAGAGAAUGUUCCUCCUGGCCCUAAGAGAGGAGAGAGUGCUUUUCUUAAACGACUGACCGAGGGAGAGGGAACUCCUUUGUUGUAGAGAAAAGGGAAGUUCUGUUGUGUUCCGAUUCGGACGUUAGACGUCACACCUAGGCUGAGAACACUGUAUGGCUCCACUCACUUUCUCUUAGCUGGCUUUGCCUUCCCUUAACUUCACUCUUUUUGUAAAGAUCAGCCGAGGUUCCCAUUUCUUUAGAUGGAAAAAGAAAGACAUGGUGGAUAGGAGCCAUUUUUAAUGAACUCACCUGUGUUUUAUAGUCAUGUAAAAUGGAGGCUUACUGUACGAGUGGGUUUUGUUAGUGAACCAUGUUCUGUGCAUGCAUGGGCUCAUUCCCCUCUUCCUCUUUCUUUCUCUCUCUCCUCUCUCCCCUCUCUCUCUCUUCCUGCCUUGCUCUGACAGAGCGUUAAGUGUAGCCAGCUCUGCUGUCUUCUCCCUGCAGCUCCUCAGACAUUAAUCCAUUGUGAUGACAAUUGACCUUGCUGUGAGACGUGUGUGUCCAGUGUCCUCUCCCCCAAGCUCAUACCCACGCAGGUAUCACUAGUCUGUUCAAUGACGAUCUCUUCUCCUUGGCUGUCAAAACGGUGGUCAUGGGGAGCCCUGAAGACUGGUUGCUCAGUUGGGUGUGUGUGAGCGUGCGUGCGAGCGAGUGCUGGCUAGAUGUUCCUUUAGGGGCGGCCAGAGUGAGGAGUAUCAUAGCCCCAACUGGGGCUCUCUAACCUUGGCUGAAAGAGAGCCCCCUGGAGCCUCCUGGAGGAGAGGGGGCUUUGCCUCUCCUCCUCCUCCCCCAGCUGAGGAGCCUGGUCGCUGGGCACACGCGCUCUGACCCCUGGGCCCCGGCCCCAGGGUUACCAGGCCCCCCUCUGGAGAGAGGAGCGGAGAGAGACACAAGGGGCCAUCUGGUGCCCAGUGGAACACAUGCACACAAAUACACACACACACACACACACACACAAACACAAACACAGACAAGAGCACUAACACACACAUACACCACACAAAUGGCACAUGCACCAGUGGCCCCCCCAGCCGACCUGCCUGUCACUCCGGCUGUGUGUCCCCGCUCCCCUAACCACCUCUGUGGGAGAGAGAGCCAGGGGCCUGGAGAGCCCAGGGAGGAAGAGAUGGAAAGAGAGAGAGGGAGGUGGGGUUAGAGGAAGGACGCAUGGCCAACACCACGUUCACCUUGACAGGGUCUUACAGUGUAGGGGGAACCUGGGGGUUUGUCUUCAGUGGUAGAACAGGAAAAACAAACGGAACGAAAGAGCUACAGUAUAGAGGUGGGUUUGGUUUAGUUUUGCUUUUGCAAUGCCAGAAGACCUGCCUGGAAAAUAGCAUUGCAUUGAAAAGAAUGGAAGAUGGAGGAGACAGGAGGACAAACAGAUCAGUGAGGUUUAAUAGAAGAUGGAGGAGACAGGAGGACAAACAGAUCAGUGAGGUUUAAUAGAAGAUGGAGGAGACAGGAGGACAAACAGAUCAGUGAGGUUUAAUAGAAGAUGGAGGAGACAGGAGGACAAACAGAUCAGUGAGGUUUAAUAGAAGAUGGAGGAGACAGGAGGACAAACAGAUCAGUGAGGUUUAAUAGAAGAUGGAGGAGACAGGAGGACAAACAGAUCAGUGAGGUUUAAUAGAAGAUGGAGGAGACAGGAGGACAAACAGAUCAGUGAGGUUUAAUAGAAGAUGGAGGAGACAGGAGGACAAACAGAUCAGUGAGGGUUAAUAGAAGACAGCUGGAACAAAAAUGAGGAUGAAAUGGAGGGCAGGAGGGGAACGUUGACGAAGGCUUUAAGUGGAAGUGUAUUAUCAUGUAUUGUGUCUCUGGACUGGAGAAGUGUGUGCAUUUCUGAUAGGAGUGUCUGUGGUUGGUACCGUGUGUGUGUGUGUGUGUUACUGUGGGUUUCUGAGGGUGUGUGUGUGUGUGUGCUUUUUCAAUUUUUUGUGUGUGUGUGAGGUCAGGUCAUGCAGAUGGUGUGAAGUUUCCUCAAUUUGACUGCUUUUUUAUUAUGCAAAUCACCCCUUUACAAGACACACGCCCACAUUUGGCUCCUUACUGGUUGUGUGUGUGUGUGUGUGUGUGUAAUAUGUUAAUGAAAUAAAAUAUGAAGUCGUCAUUUCGUAGGUUUAUUGUGUGGUAUUCUCCUAAUUUUGCGAUAGUGAAUUUAAAGGAAUCGCGCUAGUCAUAAGUCAGACCUGAUGUUUUGUCUGCUACAUGUCAUAUUAUCUCUCCUCUCUCUACUUUGUUGUAGAGGUGGGCGGUAUCAGCGAGGAGACGGCAGCGUGUGAUUGGUGGAGUUUGGGAGCCAUCUUGUUUGAGCUGCUCAUAGGCAAGGUAAGAGGACAAAUGGCAUCAUUGUGGCUGUGCAUGUGUGUUAGAUGGAUCCCUGUGUGUGUGCGGGGGCAGUGAAGACAUCUGUGUGGUGGUAUAUGUUGGCUCUCACUGGCUAUAGCUCUCGCUGUGCCAGGGUUGGACAUGUGACUAUCUCUGUCAGGUGUGAGUGUGUGUGUGUGGAAGGUGUUUUAAGGUGUCUGUGUGUAGGUGCGUCUCUUCCCCUCUCUCCCUGGCUGUCUAGCUGUACCAGGGUGGAUGUGUGUGUGUGACUUUCUCUAAGGUGUGUGUGUGUGUGUGUGUGUAUAUAUGUGUGGAAGGUGUUUUAAGGUGUCUGUGUAUGUGUGUCUGUUGUUUGUGUGUGUGUGUGUGUUUGGAGGUGUCUGUGUGUAGUUGCGUCUUGGCUCCCGUCUCUCCCCCUGGUUCUUGGCUGGUGCCAGGGGCAGCGGUGUGACUUUCUCCCCCAGCCUGGACUCCAUCUGCUGGGGCAGGGGGUCACCUCUCCCUGGGCCCUCUCCUGGCUCUCUGUCCCUGGAUCAAGGCUGGGGUGGAAGGGAGAGCCAGCUCUCAGGACUCCUUGGGCUGGGCUGACUGACCUAAGAUCAGUAUAAAGGUGGGAGAACAGGGCAGAUCUCUUGGUGCUGUACCAUUGUGGCUGUUCCUGGGUCAGGGGAGGAGGACUGGUGAGGAGAGGGAAUAUCUCUGAUCAUGGCUGUCUUCUAGCGCACACACGCACAGGUGCACACACACUCGUGACAGGUCCAGAACACUCCUCAAACUUUUAAUUGGCCUUAAAUUUGAAUAAAUCCUAACUGACUGCCAGUGGCAUAGUUUCAUCUGAACAAUCUUUAGUUCCCAUCACUAGAUGAAACAGAUGAAACAGACAGCCAGGUUGUACGUUUGUUUUAACAUUGAAUACACUUACUGGAAGAACUUCAACAAACCCACAGAUUUCUCUUUUGGGGAUUUUAGUUUAGGUAUAUUACACACACACACGCAUACACACACACAGGCGCUCUUGAUCCUUGCAGGGUAAGAUUUUGCCCAGGGCGAUCUUGACUGUUGCUGGGAUCUGAGCCAUAUCUCCUGCAGCAUGUGUUGGAAAGAGCAACUGAUCUAACUGAUGAACUAACAGGGGUUUUCCAUGCUAAUCUCACAUACGCACACACACACCAAAGACUGUAUAAAGGGAAGCACACAUACAAAUAUAUUAUACUGAACAAAAAUAUAAACGCAACAUUCAACAAUUUCAAACAUUUUACUGAGUUACAGCUCAUAUAAAGAAAUCAGUCAAUUGAAAUAAAUAAAUUAGGCUCUAAUCUAUGGAUUUCACAUGACUGGGAAUAUAGAUAUGCUUCUGUUGGCCACAGAUACUGGACCUUAAAAAGAAAAGUAGGGGUCGUGGAUCAGAAAACCUGUCAGACCGUUUGCCUAAUGCAACGCGUCUCCUUCACAUAGAGUUGAUCAGGCUGUUGAUUGUGGCCUUUGGAACGUUGUCUCACUCCUCUUCAAUGGCUGUGCGAAGUUGCUGGAACUCGCUGUAGUACACGUCGAUCCAGAGCAUCCCAAACAUGCUCAAUUGGUGACAUGUCUGGUGAGUAUGCAGGUCACGGAAGAACUGGGACAUUUUCAGUUUCCAGGAAUUGUGUACAGAUCCUUGCGACAUGGGGCCGUGCAUUAUCAUGCUGAAACAUGAGGCGAUGGUGGCAGAUGAAUGGCACAACAAUGGGCCUCAGGAUCUCGUCACGAUAUCUCUGUGCAUUCAAACUGCCAUCGAUAAAAUGCAAUUGUGUUCAUUGUCCGUUGCUUAUGCCUGCCCAUACCAUAACCCCACCGUUCACAACGUUGACAACCGCAAACCGCUUGCCCACACGACGCCAUACACAUGGUCUGUGGUUGUGAGGCCGGUUGGACGUACUGCCAAAUUCUCUAAAAAGGUGUUGGAGGUGGCUUAUGGUAGAGAAAUUAACAUUCAAUUCUCUGGCAACAGCUCCUGUGGACAUUCCUGCAGUCAGCAUGCCAAUUGCACUCUCCCUCAACUUAAGACAUCUUGUGGCAUUCUGUUGUGUUGCAAAACUGCACAUUUUAGUGGCCUUUUAGUGUCCCCAGCACAAGGUGCACUUGUGUAAUGCUGUUUAGUCAGUUUGAUAUGCCACGCCAGUCAGGUGGAUGGAUUAUUUGGAAAAGGAGAAAUGCUCAUUAACAGGGAUGUAAACAAAUUAGUGCACAACGUUUUAGAGAAAUAAGCUUUUUGUGCUUAUGGAACAUUUCUGGGAUCUUUUUAUUUCAGCUCAUAAAACAUGGGACCCACACUUUACAUGUUGUGGUUAUAUUUUUGUUUAGUGUAUUACCUGGCUUAUGUUGUCUGUUCCAACAUUUGGGCUGUGUUGGGUUUUUAAGUAAAAUCUCAAGGGCUUGUUGUAACACAGUAAUUAUGACUCCCUGUGUGUAGGAGCAUACACACCCCAUUACAUUGCCACCUGCCUGACAUUGUUUGCAUAGAGCUCUUCCCUUUGUAAUGCAUGUUUAUAGUGACUUCAACAGAAUAGCUGUCUGUCUGUCUGUCUGAGUUCCCCCUUCCAUCUCUUCCACUAACCUCUCCCCAUGUGAAAAACAACCUUUUCCAUUAGGUCACAAGGAAGAGCAACAGCCCAGUGAAAUCACACUGAUAUUAUCUCUGCUAUGAUCAGUAUUAUUUCAGGUGUUUUCUCUCUCGCUUGUCUUCUGUUUGUCCAGUCGGCUUUUCUCCUGUAGUGGCCUGCGCAGGCUGGGGGUCUGUCUCUGUCAGCCUCUGUGGCAGCUUCACACAGUCAGUAGCAGAAACUUGAACAGCUUUUGUAGUGACGGAAACAGAUAAAUAAACUGGGGUUUGUCUGAUGUGUAUCUGGGACCAUGGAGGUUGAUCCAGGCUGGAUAAUGUUUGAUCGCUCCAUAGCAUUUCACCGUCUGAACGACACUGAGCUAGAAUAAAAUGAUCCGACUGGGUGUCAAAUAAAUAUAUGUAAUUGUGUGCGCAUGUUUUUGAUAGUGUAUAAUGUGCGUUUCUCUCCCUCCCCAGUCUCUGCUGCAGUGCCACCCAGCUGGUAUCAGUCGCCACACGGCCCUCAACGUCCCUGAGUUUGUAUCUGAGGAGGCCAUGUCUCUACUAGUGCAGGUCAGCAGUCUGUUCUAUUCUAUAAUACACAUUGUGGCUCCUCCUUCUGUUGUCUUCUCAUCUCUUCUAUUCGCCUCUGUACUGAUGAGUACUUCAUGUACUAAAGUAAACACAGGCCUCUCGCACUGUGUAUAAAUACAUCCUAUAUUUAACACAGCUUGCACUAGGCUAAAGCGCCCUUGCUAAUUCCUCAUUCCAAUGUUUAAGAUAAACUGGCUAGAGUUGAUGCCGCUCCUGUCUGUCUAUCUAAUACAGCGUGUGUGAUGCGUUAUAAUAAAAAGUCCCAAUGGGUACCCCAUAAGUGAGAAGACACCACCCAAUGACAGUCAGACAGACAUUUUGAUUGGCUCAUGUCCAGGUUUAAUAAUGGAUUACUAUGGGAUGUCCUAUGGUGUUAUGAUAGGCAUGGAGAACAGCCAUUACACACACACAUUUUAAAACUGUUUUCUUUAUGUCACAAAUACAUAAUCUAAUGAAUGCAUAGAGGUUAUAAUGAGUGAGCUAAUGAAUGCAUGGCAGAUAGGCGAUUCCACGCCAGCGGGAGCGGAAAAUGUUUUUCGUAUCUUGGAUUGUUCUGGUAAUUCUCACAUAGAAACUUCAUUGGGAGGAAGGAUGUUUGAAAUGCUUUAUACAAAAUGCUUUUAUGCUUUUACGAAAUGAUUUUCAUGCUUUACAUUUUUUCGACAAUCAUGAUGAAAGUGAAAAUGUUAGGCCCUUCGACCUAUACAUGCCUCCUUUAAGACCUUAUGAUCUGUGAACCGUACAUGAUGCAGACAACAUCUUGGUGUCAUUAUACACCUUAGUGUGCUCUCAAAUAUGGAGUAUGUCUACAUUCUCAAAUAAUAUUUUUCACAUUAAUUUAUCCAACAUAAACAAUAUUAACAUCUCAAAACAACCCUUUUUGACUUUGUUCAUUUUAAGACAUAUAUAGUUUGGAACAAUAUACUCUUUAAACAUACAGACAGCAUCUUGGUGUAUAAUGACACCAAGAUAUUGUCUGUAUCAUGUACGGUUCACAGAUCAUAGGGUCUUACAGGAGGCAUGUAUAGGUCUAAAAAGGGCCUAAAAUUGCCAAUUUCAUCAUAAUAAAAAUGUUUUGUGUUACAAAUGUAAAAAGCAUGUCAAACAAGUUUCUAUGUGAGAUUUGCCUGAACAAUCUAACAUACCGAAAAUAUUUUCUGUUGAUGUUGGUGUGGAAUCACUCAGAUGUAUAUCAUGUCAUGUGCAAGUUAUAUGACCUGUACCACCAAGGGUUGGCUUUAGAUCAUGAAAGCUCUCUUGUUUGAUCAUCACUUUGCUUAAUGAGGUAUCAGCAAAAUAGUUUGUCCUCCACCGCUUGAGUGUUAAUAGUGUUUGUUUUUAUUUUGUGGGUGUAGCUUCUCCAGUUCAACCCCAUAGAGAGGCUGGGGGCGGGGGUGGCAGGAGCAGAGGACAUCAAGUCACACCCCUUCUUUGGCAGAGUGGACUGGCCCAAAUAAGCCCAGUGCAUUGUGGGACGGUGGAGGUCAGAAAUGAAUGCUGUGGGCGGACCGAUCUGCUGACAGGGUGGGCACACACACACGUACAUCCAGACGUGGCCAGUGUCAAGUGAACUCUUGUUGUGUCAUUUGUUGGGGAGAAAUCAGCUACACACCUACCUUGCACAUGUUACUGACGUCCUCUUUUUCCUCGUGUUAAGCAGGUUAGACUGUUAAGGAGACAUUAUGCAUGUGGUGCAAUAAACUAACUAGUGCUUUUAUGGAAUGGAGGUUCACAAAGUCAAUGAAACGUUUUCUUAUUUCAACAAGACAACCAACUUGAUUUCAACGGUCUUCUGACAUUUCACAGUCCAAUACGUUCCCCUGUAUUGAUAGGUUGCAUACUGUAAUCCUUAUAUACUGGUAGUCGUUGUGGCCAACGUUGCGGUCUCCGACCCAAAAUUGUAGAUGCCCUCCUCUUAGCCGCAGAGCCAAAAUGUUGCCGUGUUCUUAUGCUAUCUGAGGGACUCAAACAUUACAAGAUCUAUGCGGGCCCCAUGCCAUGACAUUUUUUAAGUUUUAGAUUCUCCCUGACUGUCUA